AUUAGGCAGGGGGCACCGCUGAGAUGGGCCGACCAAACCCAUGACGGAGAGCCCGACGUAAUGAGCGAGCCGGUCGUGACAGAGCCGCAGGAGACUUUGAAGACAGGAACCUCGAGCGGUCGACGAGAAGCGACAAGACGGCGCUCCCCCGAGUAUGAGCGGAGGGAAACCAUGGCGGAUAGGCACAGGGACGACUGGCGAGAGAGUUCGAGGGACUCCUAUUGGAGGGACAGAGACAGAGAUAGAGCACCGCCGUGGCGUGUCUUCGACCCCCAAACGGGGGAAUCACACCCGCUCCCUUACGAGAGCAAGGAUCUCUAUAUUAUUACGCACAAGGCCUCAGAGUCUCCUACUUUCAGGGGCUAUGGCAUUACAGAAUAUCUGGAGAAGUGGGAGCUUCACGCCAGCCGGAGUCAGUGGUUGAAGGAAGAGAUUAUAGAGAACUUCCUAUUUAAUAUGGAUACAAGCCUCGGCAAGGAAGUUAAGGAAGUCCGACCGAAGGAUGGGAAAUGGACUACGUACAAAAAGAACCUCGUUGAGCUUUACAAAUUAGAGGAUAACAAAUCCUCCAUCAAGGAUCUUGAGACGAUGACUCAAGAUGAAGAUGAGAGCGUAUGGGCAUUUGGAAUACGUUUCCGGAAGAUCUCCGACGUGCUAAUGAAGAAGGGGAAGAUCUCRGAGGUCGAGCGCUGUACUAUCUUCAUUGGACACCUGUCCAAAGGUAGACAGAAGAGUAUACUUAGAGAUCUUCCGCGCGACAAGCUUGACUUCCCAGAAGUCCUAAAGCUCGCGAUAAAGGCAGAAGCAGACGAUUACAAGGACUUGGUGUGGAGGGGGAUGAGAAGGCGUGACUUCUCUCUCUACAAGGAGUAUGCCACUGAUAGAUGUCCUGAUUUCAAGGACUAUCCCUGGUCGGAGAAGAACGAAGCCGUGGCGGAGGAAGUGAAGGAGAUAAGGGACAUGGUAAAGGGAUUGACAAGACAGACCGGGACCGGAGAACUCGCGAGACGUAUGAACGAGCUAGGAGGCUGGAUGAUUACUCGUGUAGCCCUCGCUAUGAGUCUGACGGGGGUAGAGGCGACUCUCGAGGCUGGUGGGAGUCGGAUCAGGGCUGGCGAGACGGAUACUGGGAUGGCAGAUAUGAGAGAUCGGAUCGAGAUGGACAUAGGGACGACAUAUAUGAGAGGACGGAUCGAGACGGAUACAGAAGUGGCCAAUACGAGAGAGGACAUCGACCCGAUGAUACGCGCGGGCGAUACGACCGAGGAGAUCGGCGCGAUGAUUCACGCGGGCGAUACGACCGCGGAGAUCGACGCGAUGAUUCACGCGGGCGAUACGACCGAGGAGAUCGGCGCGAUGAGAGGGGAUAAUCAUAUCAAGAGAGAUUGCCCGGACCUCAAACGAGCAAUAGAUGAGGGGCUUGUCGUGCUUGACGACCGCAAGUAUGUCAAGUGGGCAGAUGAUCUGCGAGAUGUAUCGAUGUUCCCUUCGAUCAAGGAGAAUGUCGAAGCAAGGAGAGUAAAGCCGAGUAAAAGAAAGGAACCGGUCAGGAGCCAGAGCAUCAAGAUAAUUUUUGAGGGGGAGAUGGCGACCACACCCAUAAGGGUGGCAGCCACCAAAUCGGCGAGAGGGUCUACAUCGAAGAAGACUAACACGGAUUACGUGAUGGCAGAGAAGGACGGGCAGAGGAUCGAUGGAGAGGAGGUUCUCCUUUCACCGCGGAAGCGGGGAGUGAAGAAGUUCUUGAUGAAGAGUUCGCUGGACGAGAUUGACACGGUCGAGCCACUGAGGCGGACCCUUCGACAGCCCAUGCAGUGCUCUAUCCUAGAGUAUCUGGCGGCAUCCAAGCCGGCUCGUGAUGAGUUACAGAUGAUCACGUGGAAGACCCGCAUACCUCUAUUAGAGGAGGCUCAGAGGGCCCCUAAGGCAGAUGCUCCUACUGUAGCAGUAACGGGGGUGACUGCCAGAGCGGAUCGCAUGGCGACAGUCCUUCUUGAUGGGAUGGAAGGUGUGCCUCCAGACAAGUUUUACAUACUUGGAAGUGGGGUCAUGGAGGCGAUCAUAAAUGAUGGAGCGGUACUAGAAGCUGUGAUCGAUAACGGCAGUGAGGCUGUCAUUAUAGACGAGGACCUGGCAGUGUAGGUUGGACUGGGCCUCGAUAGGUCAUACCUAUUCGAGAUAGA